UGUAAUAUUAUUGGACCAAUUAUUGUAAGUGAUAUAGUAAAAAGAAACAAUUUAGAAGAACAAGAAUUUCAACAAAUUUUAAAUGAUGAAGUGUUCUUUAUUGAAAUUACAAAACUUAAACUAACUUCUAGUACAACACUGAAUAAUAUUACUGGAAUUCUUUCUAUUCUCCAGUUAUCUUCUGUAAGAAUUAUUCAUAAUACCAAUGAAAUAAAUGCAAGUGUAUUAGAAGAUAUAUCAUCAAUUGAUAAUCUCUCUUGUUUAUUACAAUUACAAGGAAUAAGAAAAGAAGGAAAAAGAGUUAUUUGUAUUUCAUCAGAUAUUAAAACUACUACAGAAAAAGAAGAUGAAGUAACUCUUAAAGAGACAGUCUUGAAUAAACAAAAACAUAUAAACAAUCAUCUUGUAAAUUUCUUCUCUACAAAGCCACAUCAAACAGAUUGUCUUUGUUUCUUACUUCCAUCAUGUUGUCCAGUUUCUCAAAGUCAAAUCAUUUGUAGAUUUUACAAAGAACAAAUGAGAAAUAUCAUUUGUGAAAUUCUUCAUGAAAUUCCAUCAAAUUGUAAGUCUGGUUCUUAUCUUCUUUCUUGUAUAGAAAUUCUUAUUGAGUGUUUCAAAUCAAUCAAUGAACUAAAUACUAAUAACAUCUUCAAUGAAAUAAAACGAUUACUCAAGAAAAAAUAUGUUACAACUAUUAGUUCAAUCAAUAUGAAAUUAGUUGGAAUGUUUUAUAAAAUGAACUUAGAUGAAAGAAUAACUGUCAUUGAAGAUCAAUCAAAGAUAAAGAUCUUGUCUAUCAAUUAUUGA